CCUCCUCAAUGUUUCACACUGGAGCUUUAAAAUAAAAUGUAUUGAAUAAAGUGAUUUUUUUUUGGGACAAUGUUUAACCUUAAUAAUGAAAAUGUGCUGAAUUCUUUAAAUGUUUUCUUACUUUUAAAUCCAAUCUUAAUUCAUCCGACAGGGAAAUAUGUUGUUAUGGUUACAUUUUAUACUGAAGUUCAAAGUAUUUUAUAAAAAAAUGUCAAAUAAAACAAUGUAUUGAUUCCUAAUGCUGCCUUUAAAUAUUCGUAUCAGUGCUUUAAUAAUGUUUUUUGGGGGCAAAUAUUGAUUUAUAUAUAUAUAUAUAUAUAAUAUGUCUGUAGCUCCGCCCCUACCUAAUGCCUGUCUGUCUGACUGUCUGUCUGACUGUCUGUCUGUCUGUCUGUCUGAUUAUUAGUGGAAAUUAAAUGAAUACAUGAUCCUCUCAGUUGACUCUUUGUGUGAGCUACUUUUGUAAAAGCUUGUUUUAAAACCACAGGGGCAACACGACCUUAUUAGGGCCAUCAGGGGCCCCCGUAUAUGACCCCACUGUCCCCCCCCCUCAGGAUUAAUACCUCCAAAACUCACCUGGAAGACGUGCGCGAGGCUGUUUGGGGUUUAAAAAAAAUGAUUCAUGUUGAGAGCCGCAGCUGCUGGAAGUAAGAUGGUGCUUGAUGAUCGGAAUAUGGAGUCAUUAGAGUCAUUAGCUGAGGAGCUGAAUGUGAAAGGACCCGGGUCGGGGCUCCUCGGGGCUCCUCGGGGUGCCUCAUUAUGCACGCGCAUUAAAAGAAAGCCGCGGGGGGGUAAAUGGGUGGUUAAGGGCAGGAACAAAAAGAGGGGCAGGGUCUGUGAGGAGGGUCAGGAUUCAAAUUCUAAGUAGGGAAGAUGUUCCCAUUGUGAGUGGGGGGUUAUAUAGGAGGCCAGGAGAGCCGGGACCACAACACAUCCAAAGACCAGGACCUAAAGACGGAUCACCAUGGCCUCCUCGCGCUGCACUUGGAUUGCUCUGCUUCUUCUCGCGCUCAUGACACGUGGAGUAUCUGCUCGCGCCGUGGACUUUGGGUCCAAACCCGGAGAGGAGGCCUCCGGGGCGGAUUUACGCACGGACGCGCUCCGGCGGUGGAGGAGCGGCGGCGGCGCGGAGACGCACCGGGAGCCGUGCGCGGAGCUGGCUGCGCCCUGGCAGGAAAACGCACAGGAUACCGGGGAUGAUACCGGGGAUACCGGGACCCUGCUGCAGCUGCAUGUCCGGCCCUUCAGCCCCAGAGCCUCCCAGGGUUCGGUGUUCCCGGGAAAGUCGCUUUUCAGCUUCGUCCGGCGGGUUUACCGGUGCUGUCAGGAGGGAAUCAGCUGCAGGAGCGUAAAGGGAAUACAGGGUCGACUGAGAGGAGGUGAGACACAAAAACAUGGACUUUACCAACUGCUUUCUUAUACUCUGACACUCUCCUCCUCCUCCUCCUCCUCCUCAGACACAGACGUGGAGUUUCUCCUCACCCGGGAGAUUUCAUCGCUGACGGUCCUGCGAGCCGAGCUCCACCUCCAGCUCUCCAACCCGCAGCAUCUGGACGUCCAUCCUGUCCUCUCAUCCAUGGCGAAGCGCGGCCUUCCUACGAGGUUCGUUGCCCUCGAUGGUGGUACUGCUUUGGCGUCUCUGUAA